ACUGUCCCAAUCUUAACAACGUUAUCUUCUUGUAACAUUGGUUAUGUUAUGCUCCCCCCCUACUACAAAUUGCAAAAACACACCACACAUGUUUUGUUUUAAACCAUGCCCUUAAUUAUUAGUAUUAUACACAUGAAAAAAAAGGUAGACUUAAAAAUUUCUUCUCCCCUCUUAUGAACUGAACCCAUCACUUUUCUAUAUCCAUCCAUAUCAAAAUGGCUGCUUGUGCUUUGUUCAGUGGUGGAGGCAAUAUUACUGAAGAUAGCAAUGUUAACAACAACGGUGGAAGUGCUACUAGUCCUUUGACCAGUGCAUCUAACUCAAGCAACAUGAGUGGUGAAGAACACAACCCCCUACAUGGCAUGACACAACCCCAUUGUGAGAGAAAAAUGGUGAGAAAGAGAAUGGCUUCGGAGAUGGAAGUUCAUGCCACCCCACCUCACAACUCUUCCUCCACAAGUGAUUAUCCUAGGUUUCCUCGUAGAAACAGCACCAACAUGAACUUGGGCACCUUAGAAAAAGGGGCCACCACAACAGCAACAACGUUAGCCGCAGGUACAUGUUGUAAUAAUAAUAAUAAUAGUAAUAGCAAUAACUAUCAUUAUAAUAAUAGUAAUAGUAAUAAUAAUAGUAACGCUAGUAAUAUUUCGUCAAGAGAUAACGUUGCUAUUCCAAAUUACCCCACUGUGACGGUCACAACCAACUACUCCACUAUGAUGCUACCUUCUUCCAUCAAUCCCUCUGGUGUUUCUCCAAACUACAGUCACCAACAUCAUCAUUUCCAAGGUCUUAUUGAGAGCCAAAGUCAAAGCCAAAGUCAAGACCACAACAACCCCGUGCCUGCAGUGUGUGGAUUCUCAGGUUUGCCACUUUUUCCAUCUCAAAGCCAAAGAAACAACCGAGACAACAACAACAACAACAACAACAACAACAACAAUAUAAGAAACAGUGGUGCUAAUAUUGUUGACGUGGUUGCUUCUUCUUCUUCUUCUUCUAUGGAAGAUACCUCAGCAGCAGCAAGUAAUUGGAUCGAUGGUAUAUUGAAGGAUCUUAUUCACAGCUCCAACAAUGUUUCAAUUCCUCAACUAAUCAGCAACGUGAGGGAGAUUAUAUACCCUUGCAACCCAAACCUUGCAAUGGUUCUUGAAUACCGCUUGAGGCUUCUUCUCACCGAGUCCACCACACCAAACAAAAGGAGCACAGAAGGGGUUCCUCUACCUCCUUCUGUGUCCUCAGCGAAGCUUAUGAACCGUGUUGAUGGCAUUGUUCCUAAUCUACACUUCACAGAUUCAUCAGGUGCUGCUGUGGUUGUGAAUCAACAGAUGUUGUCCAAUUGGGGUGUGCCUCAAAUCACACACCAUCAUGAUACCAGCAAUAGCAACAACAAUAACAGCAACAACAACCCUUCAGUUUCUUUGGUUACUUUACCUUCACCACCAUCAACAACACCCCAUUAUUCACCCUCACAAGAGAAGCAGCGCCAUGAGAAUCACCCUCCAGAGGAAGAUCUAGGAACAACCAGCAGUGCUGAGGUGGCAUUCACAAGAAAGAAGAAAGAGGAGUUGAGAGAACAAAAGAAAAAAGAUGAAGAGGGUUUGCAUCUCCUCACUUUGCUGCUUCAGUGUGCAGAAGCAGUUUCAGCUGAGAAUCUAGAAGAUGCUAACAAGAUGUUGCUUGAGAUUUCUCAACUGUCAACACCAUUUGGUACAUCAGCACAACGUGUGGCAGCUUAUUUCUCGGAAGCCAUAUCAGCAAGGUUAGUGAGUUCAUGUUUGGGAAUAUAUGCCACUUUGCCACAUACCCAUCAAAGCCACAAGGUAGAAUCAGCAUUCCAAGUGUUCAAUGGCAUUAGUCCAUUUGUGAAGUUCUCACACUUCACAGCAAACCAAGCUAUACAAGAAGCUUUUGAAAGGGAAGAGAGGGUGCAUAUCAUAGAUCUGGACAUAAUGCAGGGGUUACAGUGGCCUGGUUUGUUUCACAUUCUGGCUUCAAGACCUGGUGGACCCCCUUAUGUGAGGAUCACAGGGCUUGGUACCUCCAUGGAAGCACUUGAAGCCACGGGCAAGAGGUUGUCUGAUUUUGCUAACAAACUUGGCCUUCCAUUUGAGUUCUUUCCAGUGGCUGAGAGAGUUGGGAACCUUGACCCCGAGAGGCUCAAUGUAAGCAAAACCGAAGCAGUUGCUGUUCACUGGCUGCAACAUUCCCUCUACGAUGUUACUGGUUCAGACACAAACACUUUGUGGCUCUUGCAGAGGUUGGCACCUAAAGUAGUGACUGUGGUAGAGCAGGACCUGAGCAACACAGGUUCAUUCUUGGGGAGGUUUGUGGAAGCCAUACACUACUAUUCAGCAUUAUUUGAUUCUCUUGGGUCAAGCUAUGGUGAAGAAAGUGAGGAGAGACAUGUGGUUGAACAGCAACUAUUGUCUAGAGAGAUUCGUAAUGUGCUAGCUGUCGGGGGGCCAUCAAGGACUGGAGAACCAAAGUUUCACAACUGGAGGGAAAAGCUUCAACAUUGUGGUUUUAGGGGUAUAUCUCUAGCUGGUAAUGCUGCAACUCAAGCUAGUUUACUACUUGGUAUGUUCCCAUCUGAAGGGUAUACCUUAGUGGAGGACAAUGGUAUCCUUAAACUUGGUUGGAAAGACCUUUGCUUGCUCACUGCUUCAGCUUGGAGACCUCCUUUUCAUAGUAACACAGCCAUUACCCAUCACAACUAGGUUCCUGUUUGCCCUUGUCAUCUGAUUCUAAUCCUUUGUAGCAUCCAUCCCUUUAUGUUCCUUGAUUUAAAGAGAUGAUGUUAGGUGUUUCCAAAGCACGUGAUUUUUUUUGCCUUAAUAUGUGUACCACUUCAGCAAUAACAUUUAAAAAAGUAUACUUGAAAUAGAAAACAGUGAUGACUAUAUAGUUGAAGGGGAACUAAUUAUAUAAAGCAAGAAAGUUCUCUUGCUCGGGAGCACCUAAGAGAAGUUGUAUAAGGAUCGAUGUUACUAUUAUAUUCUGAUUUUUAUGGUUACCCAUUAAUGAGUGAGUUGUUUAU